CAUAUUUGACAUUUGUCUACGUAUACGUAAACACUUUUCCAUUCCCAACACUACUUUUAUUAAGUAAUAGUUUUAUUAUGUUCUUUUAAACAUUUAAAUAAAGUAAAAUAAUGGUAGAUGAAAGUACCAGAAAAACUCUCAGCAGUAUACCUUUGUUGAAAACAAAGGCAGGACCGAGAGACAAAGAGUUAUGGGUUAAUAGAUUAAAGGAAGAAUAUCAGGCUCUAAUUAAGUAUGUAGAGAACAACAAAUCGGCAGACAAUGACUGGUUUAGAUUGGAGUCUGAUAAAACAGGCACAAGAUGGUUUGGCAAAUGUUGGUAUGUCCAUAAUCUACUCAAAUAUGAGUUUGAUUUGGAAUUUGAUAUUCCGGUGACAUACCCAACAACAGCACCUGAGUUAGCACUUCCAGGACUAGAUGGGAAGACAGCUAAAAUGUAUAGGGGUGGCAAAAUUUGUCUCACCGAUCAUUUCAAACCUCUGUGGGCCAGGAAUGUACCUAAAUUUGGUAUUGCGCAUGCUAUGGCUUUAGGGUUGGGUCCUUGGCUGGCAGUUGAAAUUCCAGACUUGAUAGAAAAGGGUGUAAUUACUUAUCAAGAAAAAUCUGAGGAGAGUAAAUGACAACAGAUUAUAUAAUAUUUUGUACAGAAAU